GCCCCCCAAUAACAGGUGCACAUUCCUGGGCGCCUCGUCACUUCCCCUGCUCUGGCUGUCCUGGCGACUCACCCAGCGGACUCACUGAGCGACGCGGGCGGGCUAUGACCCCAGGGGCGCUGCUUCUGCUCCUGCUGGGGGUGCUGGGGGCGCAUCUCGUCCCGGGCGCCCGCGGCUCGGAGGCGGAGGGCCGACUCCGCGAGAAACUUUUCUCAGGCUAUGAUAGCACGGUGCGGCCGGCGCGGGAGGUGGGAGACCGUGUCUGGGUCAGCAUUGGUCUCACCCUGGCGCAACUCAUCAGCCUGAACGAGAAGGAUGAGGAGAUGAGCACAAAAGUCUACUUAGACCUGGAAUGGACUGACUACAGGCUCAGCUGGGACCCUGAGGAGCACGAGGGCAUCGAUUCACUCCGCAUCUCAGCGGAAUCCGUGUGGCUACCCGACGUGGUGCUCCUAAACAAUAACGAUGGAAAUUUUGAUGUUGCUCUGGACAUCAACGUCGUAGUGUCCUCCGACGGCUCCAUGCGCUGGCAGCCCCCGGGCAUCUAUCGCAGCAGCUGCAGCAUCCAGGUCACCUACUUCCCCUUUGACUGGCAGAACUGCACCAUGGUGUUCAGUUCCUAUAGCUAUGACAGCUCAGAGGUCAGCCUGCAAACUGGCUUGAGUCCUGAGGGGCAGGAGCGGCAGGAAGUGUAUAUUCAUGAAGCGACCUUUAUUGAGAAUGGCCAAUGGGAGAUUAUCCACAAGCCUUCUCGGCUAAUUCAGCCUUCAGUGGAUCCUAGGGGAGGCGGGGAAGGACGACGUGAAGAAGUCACCUUCUACCUCAUCAUUCGCCGGAAGCCUCUGUUUUACCUGGUCAACGUCAUUGCCCCAUGCAUCCUCAUCACUCUCCUGGCCAUCUUUGUCUUCUACCUGCCACCGGAUGCAGGAGAGAAGAUGGGGCUCUCCAUCUUUGCCCUGUUGACCCUCACUGUGUUCCUGCUGCUGCUGGCAGACAAAGUACCUGAGACCUCCCUGUCUGUCCCCAUCAUUAUCAAGUACCUCAUGUUCACCAUGGUCCUCGUCACCUUCUCAGUCAUCCUUAGUGUUGUGGUCCUCAACUUGCACCAUCGCUCACCCCACACCCACCAAAUGCCCCUUUGGGUUCGUCAGCUUCAACCUUCCCUUUCACAGACCCGAGGGAGACUACAACUUCAACUCCUGAUCUUUAUCCACAAACUCCCUCUGUACCUGGGUCUGAAGAGGCCCAAACCUGAGAGAGACCAGAUGCAGGAGCCACCUUCCAUAACUCCCAGGGAUUCUCCAGGAAGUGGCUGGGGUCGGGGAACAGAUGAAUAUUUCAUCCGCAAGCCACCAAAUGAUUUUCUCUUCCCCAAACCCAACAGGUUCCAGCCUGAACUGUCUGCUCCAGACCUGCGACGAUUUAUCGAUGGUCCAAACCGGGCUGUGGGUCUCCCUCCUGAGCUACGGGAGGUCGUUUCUUCGAUCAGCUACAUCGCUCGACAGCUACAGGAACAGGAAGACCAUGACGCGCUGAAGGAGGACUGGCAAUUUGUGGCCAUGGUAGUGGACCGCCUCUUCCUAUGGACCUUCAUCAUCUUCACAAGCGUUGGGACCCUUGUCAUCUUUCUGGAUGCCACAUACCACUUGCCCCCCGCCGACCCUUUUCCUUGAGGCUGGGACGAAGGUGGAGAUCCAGAUCCUUGGCCAGGUCUACAGUAACACCAGAUCUGAUUCCCCUGUUGGCAGCAACCUGCUAGAGCUGAUUUGUGGCCGCCCACUCCGGUCAAGGUAUUUGUAUCAGAAUUCCUCAAAGCCCCCACCCACCUAACCAUUCUUUUACCUUGCUCAUUCCUGAGUAACACUAGACAAAAUACAGCAGAAGGACAGGGGAUGAGGAGUUGAAGCUCAUGGAAGCCCAGGAGUGGAACAAGAAAAGUGUCACUUAUGGCCGUCACACAUUUUGUGCCUCAGUUUCCUUUCAGUUUGGAGAAAAGGCUGUACCUGGUUGGAGGCAUGGCCCUUCUGGGACAUGAAGAUCGUGCCCAGCAGGCUGUGUGAACUGGACUGUGUUAAUGUUUCUGCCUGGAGGUCAGAGCAAAGUCAGUUUGAGCUGAGUGGCUGCAGCAAUUACAGUGAAGGACCUAGGGUCAACAGGCGCUCACACCUACUCAGUUGCUGGAAGUUCUUGUCCUAAAGAGGGAAAACAGGGCUAACCUCGUAGGGAUCCCUGUGAGUUGAGGUUAGCGUGUCCCUGUCCAGCCAGACCUACCAGCCACGCCAAUAAUUGCACCUGGCAUCCCACUGCGGAGCACGUUCGUUUGUCUUGUUGGUUUAUUGGCCUAGAGAGUUGGACACACACACAAAUGCGGAGAUAAAUAUUGGUCAGUUUCUCUAAAUCUGGGUCCUCACUACAUAUAGAGCUAGAGUCUGUAGAAUUCUAAAUCUUGCGUGCUGUGGCACAGAACCAGUGGCCUUCCCACUCCACCAUCACCCUUCUUCCCAGGGAACAUGGGGAAAGAGGGCACAAACUGACAAGACGUGAUAAUUUUCAAAAGACGAAAUUGCAAAAUCCCAAAUUUCCAACAUCUGAAAUUCACAAUGUUCAAGUUCCCCAGCUCAGAUACAUGUAUUUUAAUCUCCAUUUCGCCACAAUCUCCUUUGUUGCCCAGAACCACCAAAUUCUGGAAACUAUUUUCCUAAAUCAGAUUAAAAAAAAAUAAUAAUAAAAUAAAUGUCUACAGUCUCAGUUCUCCCAAAAUGUCCAUGGUUUUAGAAUUUUGACCUGUUGUGAAAUUCAAUUCCCUGGUCCAUCCUCAACCCCUUCCAUCUCCUGUGCCGUUCUGCCUCAGAGGAGUGCAGGUUAAGGAUAUAGGGGCACUGCCGUUGCACCCGCCCCCUGCCUCCAAGGCCUUCCUCAGUCUCUCUUGUGGUUCCGCUGUGUAUAUAUAUAUAUAUUUAUAUAUAUAAUUUGUGUGUAGAUAUAUAUAUGUAUUCUUUAUUAUGUACUUUUUUUUUUUCCGCAGUUUUUCUAAAGUGCCAGAAACAAGAUUUGUGGGAAUUUUUUAGUGAUUUUUUUUUUUUUUUUUUGCAAUUUUUCCCUGUUUUAAACUUUUCUCCCCCUUAAAAAUUGGAACUCAGUACAUUCAGUAGGAAACUCUUCACUCGGACUGCGGCCAAGACCAAGAAAAGUGCAAAGAGACGGAGGAGGAGUGAAGGAGCGACACUCCUCCAUGGUUAACAUUCAGGGAGCCUGUCGAAAACCUCCCUUUCCGUUUGCUGGGAGGGUGUGAGGAGGCAGGAGGCUGCUCCUGUCCCUCCCGCCAAACCACCUCCCUCCAAAAGCCAUGAUCUUGCCCUUUCAGCAUCAGUUGAGAGGGCAGCCAUCUUGGCCCCAAAAAACAGUAGCUGGGAAAA